AUGUCGCCAAUCCAGAAAGCUGUGACGUUAUUGGGUGCGGGAACGCAGGGCACGCGCUUGGCGUACAUGGUAAGGUUCCUCCCGUUGCACAUCCGCCAAAGCAGAACGGCGCCUAAGCUUGUGAAACAUCAGUGGUCCCGCUGCGGCCAACCUGUCUAUCUGAUCGAUAAGAACAAGAGCCAGCUGGAUCGCGCGUGGAAGCAGAUCCAGUCGCUUCGGGAUCAGGGGAGUUACCUGGGCUCGGAUGGCUCUGGAAAAUGGGGCGAUGUUAUUCGUGCUUCUAGUGACGAGCUGAAACCGGCUCUCGCGGAGUCCUGGCUGACAGUCGAGUGUGUGCCGGAGUCUCUUGCGCUGAAAAAAACUGUUGUGCAGGAGCUGGAUAGCUUGGCCGGGCAGCAGACCAUUGUCGCUUCAAACUCGAGCAGCUACACGAUUACAGAGAUUCUGGAUUCCUUGAAGCUGAAGUUCCCCGAUCGCUUUGCAAGUUUGCAUUCGUACUGGCCGCCUGAAACCCCUGCAAUUGAGAUUAUGGGAGACCAACAUACGCGACCUGACAUCAUCUCCCUGCUGAAAGAGCAAACCCGACAACAUGGGUUUGAGCCGUUCCACGUGCGGAAGUCAUCGACUGGGUAUAUUUACAACAGAAUCUGGGCUGCUAUCAAACGCGAAGCCCUAUUCACUAUUCAAGAGGGGGUUGCCACUCCAGAGGAAGUGGAUGGGAUCUUCAAAGCGGUUCUCAAGACUCCGAAAGGGCCGUGUGAACAGAUGGAUGUGGUUGGACUGGAUGUCGUGCUGGACAUCGAGAACCACUAUGCGGAGGUCCGCCCGGGACUUCCUGACGAGCCGCGGAAGCUCUUGAAAGAGAUGCUCGCUCAGGGGAAAUUGGGCGUGAAGUCAGGAAGCGGCUUCUUUGAAUAUAAGGGGAAAGAACAUUGA